GUGUCCUUGUUAACUGAGAGCAGAUGCAUGGCGUUCAGUGAGUCUGCCUUCGUUUUAACACUCCCACCUUUCUUGGGGUUGAAGUGUGCUCUCGCUGUGAAUCGUCUACUCAGGAUUCCAUCUGCUGGACGUUGAUUAAUACUCACACACAGGAUCAUUAUAACAGGGACCAGCAGCAUCCGAAAAAUGGCCCCUCAAGAGAUGCCUGGCUCUUCAGGCACGACUCAGAGCAUGAAGAAGACCAUCGGACACCGGGGUGUUGAGACCACUACAGGAGAGACCACCUAUAAAAAGACCACAUCAUCUGCCCUGAAAGGUGCCAUCCAGCUGGGCAUCGCUCACACAGUUGGUAGCUUGAGCCAGAAAGCAGAAAGAGAUGUUCUCAUGCAGGACUUUGUGGUGGUUGAAAGUAUCUUUUUCCCCAGUGAGGGCAGUAACUUGACCCCUGCUCAUCACUACAGUGACUUUCGCUUCAAGACGUACGCUCCUAUUGCCUUUCGUUACUUCAGAGAACUCUUCGGUAUCCGGCCAGACGACUACCUGUACUCCCUGUGUAAUGAGCCAUUGAUUGAGCUGUCUAAUCCUGGAGCCAGCGGUUCUCUCUUCUAUGUGUCGAGCGAUGAUGAGUUCAUCAUUAAGACUGUUCAACACAAAGAGGCAGAGUUCCUUCAGAAACUCCUGCCUGGAUACUUCAUGAAUAUAAACCAAAACAAGCGCACCCUGCUACCCAAGUUCUAUGGACUGUAUUGCGUUCAAGCAGGGGGCAAGAACAUCCGUAUUGUAGUGAUGAACAAUCUCCUGCCUCGGAUCAUCCCCAUGCACCUUAAAUAUGACCUGAAGGGCUCCACAUAUAAGAGACGAGCUUCACCCAAAGAGAGAGAAAAGGCUGUUCCAACUCAUAAAGACCUGGACUUUAUCCAGGACCUGCCCGACGGCCUGCUGCUGGAGGCAGAUAACUACAACGCUCUGUGCAAGACCAUACAGAGGGACUGCUUGCUUUUGCAGAGUUUCAAGAUUAUGGACUACAGUCUGCUGAUGGGCAUCCACAACACUGAGCAGGCGAGUCGGGAGCGAGAGCGCGGCGGGGGCAACUCGGGUGACAGCGGGGGUUCAGAAGGAGCAGUGACCCCAGAUCAACGCCGACCACAAGCCCAGAAAAGUCUUUACUGCACCGCCAUGGAGUCCAUUCAGGGGGAGGCUCGAGGGAAGGGGGCUCUGGAUUCAGAAGACCAUACGGGCGGUAUUCCAGCUAGAAAUUCUAAAGGAGAAAGAUUAUUGAUCUACAUCGGUAUCAUCGAUAUUCUCCAGUCCUACAGGUUUAUUAAGAAGUUGGAGCACUCCUGGAAGGCUUUGGUUCAUGAUGGGGUAAGAGCCUGCCCUCCAGAUUCUGACACAGUUUCAGUUCACAGGCCCGGUUUCUAUGCAGACCGUUUCCAGCAGUUCAUGUGCAACACAGUGUUUAAGAAAAUUCCUUUAAAACCAUCACCUUCUAAGAAGAGUCGUGGUGGAGGUCAGGGGGGUCUUAGGAGGGCCCCCACCCUAGGAGGUCCCACCCCACUCUCCCAUGCAACAGGACAGUCAUCUGUGGACUCCAGACUGGUCUACCACAGCCACUAUAAGAGCACAGAGUCUGAGGCAGACAGCGGGGUGCAGUCAGGCAGACCAGAUCUUGUCCCAAGGACCCCUCCGCCAGUAGAAAAUGCAGCUGACUGUGAGGCCAACCUGUCCACCUCAUCGCUAGGCAGCACAGGAGUUGCCUCUGGCUCUCCCCCUCUACGGUCUGUUGGGGUGGAAGUGCAUAAAGCGGCAAACACAGAUGGUGAACAGGGUGUUUCUCACAGUCUGGGGGAAGAAGGCGCAGCAGAUAAUUCAGGCAACCUGUCUGGAAAUGAAGAUGUAGUUUCACUGUCAGACAUCAUCCCUGAGACAAACAUCUGUUUUUAAAAACAGAUGCAGUGCCAUGAAAGGGCGAGGGUGUUUCUGGACUGAAAGGAGGGUGCCCAUUCAGCACGGACCCUCCGCUGCACCUCUGUUGUUCCCUCACCUGUAAAGUAAAUACAGGGACAGCUGGACAAAGCAGCAAGUUGCAGUGGAGGUUGUGAAAAUGAAGAAACCAGUGUGUGGUAGGCCGCAGCCAUUAACACUGUCACUGUGUGCAAAUUUUCUCCUAAAUUUCCUAAAGCCUGAUAUUUUUUAAAGUAUACAGAUCUGAAUUGGCAGCUCUAGCUUCAAAAUUUUUCAGACAAAUAUUUUUUUCAUGUGCUCAACAUGAAGGAGUCUGGAAAAAGAGGUCCAUUCACCAGUAAAUGGUGAAGGCAGUCAAAUUCUAUAUGAUAUGUCAUCAUGUACUGUUUGUAGUGUGAUGUGGUAAAGCAGAAGAACACAUAAGAGCACAUAAAGGGCGAGGCCAGCAUAUGAAGAAGUGAAUAUUUCUGUGUUUUCAUGCACAGCCUGAGUGGGUUCACUCAGGUGUUCCUGUUACUGCACAUUCAUUUCCCCAUCAGCACUCCUCAUGACCAGGAGCACGCCGAGCUGUCAGUGCUCUUUGUCAAAUCAACACGUGCUGCUGUCAGCUCUGCAAUCAUGUAUGCAUUUUCUUUUUUUUUUUUUCUUUUUUUUAAUUACUGCUGAUUAUGGAUGUACAGCAUUUAGUUUGAAACGGAGUAAGGUUAGAUAAAAAGCCUUUACGUUGGUUUUGUUUUAUAUUUUUGUUUUAAGUUAUUCUGCUGGAAGCCAUGGCGGUGCUGCAGAGGUCAGACUAGACCGAACUGCCGCUGAAUGUACAUUUCAAUGUUUUCUUAUACAGAAUGUGUCUUAUUAUUACCAUGGCAGACCACAUUUGUACAACCCCUGAACAAUCCCCCCCUCUGAUGUGACCAUAUGUGCUUAAGUAUGGAUGAACACAAAGAAAAGAGCAUCUUCUGACAUUUGUCCGUGCCUUUUACACAUUAGUCUCUCCCCUAACACCUGAUAUAUAACUGACACUUUUUACAGGUUAGUGAGUAGACAUCUACAGAGAAACCUGCCUUAAACAUCACUACAGCUGAAGUCACUAAACUGCCAUCUGUACGUUUUUUUUUUUAAAUGCAGACAAUAGGAGAUUAUAGCUUUUGAACCAAGCUUCAUAUAACACUGUUGUAAAAUCAUUCUCUAGAAAACAAAACUUUAUCCAAUCAUAUUGCAAAAUCCGGCACAUUCCAAUUUUGAUAAGGUUUAGAUCUCUGUCCUCUGAUCAUUGCACAAUCAUCACAUUUCAUAUUUUGAUAAUUUUAUCACUGAACUUUCACAGACUUUUAUAGGUAUAGGUAUCAAUAUGCAACGUUGAUCCAGUUGAUGUUACACUUCACCUCCAGUGUUUCAGGCCAAAUCCCAGCUCAACGCCAUCCCUCCUCCUCAACUCCUACCUUGGUGUUCCUACUGAGUGCAUGCAGCUCAAUGCAGGACUGAUCUCUGUUCGUAUAUUCAACUCAAAGUUGAUUUUCUUGCUUCUUUUUGUUUGUUUGGGCCAGGAAUGUCCAAACUUUUUUAUUGAGGGCCCAUACUGAAAAAUGUUAGGAUAACUGGGCCCCUUGAGAUAAGCUUAAGAGAUGUUUAUUGACUAAAUAUAUUUAAGGGAAAAAAACAGCCUAAAUUACAACUUUCUAUUAAUGGCUAACAAGAUGAAUAGCAUAACAAUAUUAAGGAUUUUUGGAUGGCCAGUCUUUUAGGGGGGUCCCUGGUCAGCACUGGCUACCACUCGAUCCACCCCUCUGUUCAGUAGAGAUGGGAGAUGCUGACAGCUCAUCUCCACAUUCAGACACAACGUUAAAGCAAACUGUAUGAAGAUGACAACUUUACUGGUUGUUUGUAGGUUGGGGUUGAGGUGAUGAGCAUAAAUACGAUAUGCUUUGUAAAUUGGAGCUUGUGCUGAUAUUUUCUGCCAUAUUAAUUUUGUCUUGUUUCAUAAGGGCAGUAUGAAAAGAGAUAUUUUUAUGAUUAUAAUCUCAAUUUGAUAAAACAUGUCAACUCAUAAGAAUGUUUAUUUUCAAAAUGAACACAUCAGCACUGUUGAGCUUCAAAAUAAAGUGUGAUAGUCAUACAAAAGCUAACUGUUCUAAGCAAGCCAUUUUUCAUUUUAUUAGGAUUUGCUUAGGGCCAAUUAAAAAUGCACCAUGGGCCACAUUUGACCUGUAGAUUAUUUUCUUCAGGUCAGAUAGUUCAAUGGUUGUCCUGCAGUUGCAAUUGUACAUAUUUGAGCCUAUAAACAAAACAACAAUAAGCUGAAGGAAGCAGUGCCCCAGCAAUGUAAACACAAUGCUGAGAACAACAAACCCAAAGGGGGUUAGACUUCACUUUCUUUGGAAAGCCAUUACUCAACGAUAUAUUUAUUUAGAAUAUAUUUAUCCUUUGAAUUGAUUUUGUCAAUGUUUAAAAUGUGGCAUAUUAUACCUUUGAAUUUUUUAAUGAAAAAUAAUGACGUAACUUACCACCAUACUGACCAGAAGUUUUGAUAUAACGUAUCAUGAAAAUGACCCUAAUUUCAGUUAUCUAUAUUUGGAUAAUAUUUAACCCUUGUCCUCAAGUCUGUCAGAGCACUGGCUGUGUUAUUCUCCAAGUAAGUGAAUCAAGCCCUUAUGACUUAAACAGAACCGUUUAUCUUUUUUUUUAUCAUUUCUGCUGGCUACAGAAAUGGCCCUCAUCACUCCUGGACCAAUGUUUCUAUAAAGUUUGCACAACCAUUUUUUAAUUUUAUUUCUGUGAUGUUGUCUUGCACAACUUUUAUUUCACUAUUGUUGCGAAAAUGCUUUGUUUCCAUAUAAUUCUUUGUGUUUAUCUUUUAGUUGAAGUCACUAAACAAGCUACUGAGGUGUCUGUCAGUAAGCUUUUCCCUGCUGGAGGUUUUGAUACAGUAUAUUUGAUGAUGUAGCUAAACUCCACAUCGCAGACAUCUCAGGGGUAUUCCAUUGAAGUGGAUAAAGAAUUAAGCCUGACUUACUUUGGUUAGUCUGGCUUAUUUUAGUGGGAACCUUACUCCAUUAACACGACUUAUUCAGAACCAGCGCAGGUUAACUGUCCAGCUGAGUCUAGCUGUGCAUCAAAAACUGACGGGCUGAAACUGGUACAUCACAUAAGGUUCUGCCAAGUACAUCAUUGCCCUCGUUUACAUAUAUAAUUAAUUCAGGCUUCAAAUCUCAGCUAUAAAGUUUAAUACCCCAUGACCAUAUUUAAUACAUGGACUGUAAAACAGAUUGUGCCCAUUUUUAUCACAACUACGUAUUGCACAAGUUUAUUUUCAACGACUAAAGGCCGGCUCAGACAACAUGAUUUAUUUGGCUGUUCACAAUGGCAUGAUGUCAGACUAUGUGACUAAAAUCUUUUCCCAUCUUGGCCAACAGCCUGGCCAUAAUAUAAAUGUGACCCCGACCGCUCGUGGUAAGCUGACUUCACGGUCCAUGGUCUCCGUGACUGUUUGUGACUUCACAGAAAAAUUCUGACAUGCAAGUCUUGUUGGAUCGUGGUCAUAGGGCGUCUUGAAUGUAUUGUUACUUAUGUCUCACUGCAAGACCAUUUGUCAUUCCUGACACACAUAAUCAGGCCCAAGUUUUGAGGAUGAGCUGUGAUGAUGCAGUCGGUCCAAAAUCUGGCUGGAUGCGUGAUGUCUGAGCUGGCCUUAAGUUAGAAAUAGCCUCCAAACUUUGAAACCUCAAAAUUUCUAAAAGAAGAAGCUGAGAUUUUACAUUUGACUUAAAAUUAAUUUUAACAAUCAACCUAAGGUUGUUAGAAAUUCAUGAUUUUCAAGUUGUAGUACUUUGUGCAAAUUCACUGCAAAUAAUAUCAGGGCAAUCUGCAAAGCCUGUCAUGGAUGCAUUAAAAAUAGCAUUCAACAGUUUUUUGCAUAGUGAUCCUAAAAUAUACAUUUAGACAAAAUAACUAUCAAUAAUACAUUUAGUCUAGUUUAGUUUAUUUGAAAUGUAUUAUGUUCAAGGAAAUUGUGGGGAAAAAAUAAGUUUUCCUAUAACUAAACAGUCUACUAGGCCUAAUUAUGCUGCCAUAUAUCCCUUAUUACUUCUAUAAAGGAUUGCCAUACAAAGACUGCUUACUCAUGAAAAUAACGUGUAAUCUUAACUAUGAAACGUAAGGAUGACAGGGUUAAUGGUACGUGGUUUGAGAUGAUAGCAAAAACAGGUUGAACAACGGCUUUAAGGAGUAAAGUAACUAUAGAAGGCCUUGUUAAAGGGUAGACUUUUGGGCAAAUAAAAUAUAAAUAAAUGAGUUGCUUUAUCAAAGGACCUGUUGAGGAUAAUACAAAUAUUUAAAGAAGUAUUUAAAUUUGCUGUCUAAUCACUCACUAAACUUCCUGAACAGCAAAUAAGUCACAUUUAGAUAUAAGCCUACCCAAAAGAGAAAAACAUUAAUUAAUAGUAACCACUAAGAAUUUAAAUAUUUUACCAGAGGUCUGUUUAAGUGAUUCUGAUGAGUGCUUAGGUAAAGGUAUUUAGAUUUAAACCUCUAAACAUGUCGUCAUGUCUUAUCACUUAUUAUUGAUUGUCUUAUUAUUGUCCCAAAAAUCAUCUGGAAUGACAAUCAUUCAUUUUGUUAAAUUUUAUUCAUAUAACACCAGUCACACAUGAAAUAGGCCUGAACAGUAGGCCAUAAAAAAGCUAGCAAAGCCAUGAGGUUAAAGUUUAAAAAUACAUAUUACUUAAUUAUUUGCACUUCAGGUAAAUCAUUUGCUGGGAAAGAGAAAAAAAAAGAGGAGAACGAAUGUAGGCCAAAGGUCAGUGGAUCAUAGAGACUUAACAUAGGGAACUGUAUUAGAAGGCUGAAAAUUCAUUUUAAACUUAUAACUGAUAUUAUUCUUGUUAGCUAGUUAUCUGAAUGUCCAUUUAUAUAAAAAGAAUCAACAGAACUAGAUAGGCUCCUAAAAAUGCCUUCAAUCCAUCUUCAUUUUUGGCCCUAACAUCGUCUUUGAUUUGUUAAUGGUGACAGUUUUGCCUUUUUGAGUCCCAAUCUUUUUAAUUUUCCUCAUAUUAUGUGUCGUCUGGCCACAGAAAAGUUGUCGUGUCAGUGUUUGUCACACUUAACAUCGACUUUUAAACGAUUGAUUUGGGCUUCGUAAAACACCCCAUGCACAUGCACACGUGCUGAUUUUUUAAGUCAGACUGGAGUUAGCUCUGACCAGACAGCGCUGAGUCAUGUCAGUGGAAUGAGUUGAGGCUUAAAUUAAAGUUGUAGCUAAUUCAAGUCAGGCCAGUUCAGGAAAGCCCUGCCUUCGUUAGCUACUUUGAUGGAAUACCCCCCCUCAUUUAGAGAGUAACUGUUACUGUUUUAAAGCACAUGUGGUCCAUGCAGCAGAGAGGGAGAAGGGGAAAUGUGAGCUGUUUAGAAAAUAGUCACAUUCAUCAGUGCAUUGCUGAGAAUGAAGGACUGAGCCUUGUUGUAUUAUAAGCCAGUCAUGGCACCAAAGAGAAGAGAAGGAUCCGGGUGAGAAUGAAAUAAGACACUCCUGGACGUCUGCUUGGACUUGUAUUGUUGUAUAUGGUAACAACACUGGGAUAACCUGUGUUUUAAGGAUCUAUUAUUAGAUUGGAUGUUCUUUUUUGUCUCAAUAAUUUAAUGUCUGAUAAGCUGUGUCUGACUGGAACUUAGUCCUGGUAAAGAUUUUUCUUUUCAUUUUCAGAGAAUUGGUUUACAUUGUGGCCUGACACAUUUCAAGACUAAAACUCCACAUUCCUGUGAAAUUCAAGUUAAAUUUACUACAAACGUUGUAGCUCUUAGAACCCUCUAUUUACCAACUUUUUAUGUGGUUGGGUUGAUAUAAACUUGAUAUUUUCUUGUACGUGCUGAUUUGUGAAAUAUUUUAACACAUUUGAUGGUUGAGUGUGAAACAGCCACCAAAGAAAACACAUUUGGAGAAACUUCCAGACAAUGUUUGUGACACCUGCAGUUUGGUGUUAUUAUUUCUUUGAAUGGCUGGUACUGUGUAAUCCCUGGAUGCGAACCAGUUCUGUCGCAGCAGUUUCCUACUGCUCCAUGGCACAAGAGAAUCAUCAUCCUUCGGUGCUGUAAAAGCUGAUUCACUCAGUGUUGACACUACAAUGUAUUUGAAGUAAUGCAAUAUGAACCACAAUCUAAAACUUUUGAAGGAUAUUUAUUAAUAUAAUGGAUCUCUGCCGACUGAAGUGAUAGUUGUAUCAUGUACCUUCGAUGAUUGUACACAGACUGUAUACUGACAGAAGGAUGUGUGAAUCAUGAAAGUGUGUGUUGGCCAUAAAGGACGAAUCUUUGACAACUUCACAUUUUAUAUUUCAUGUUUAGAUUGUGAUAUGAUAAGAUAAUUUUUCUCCAUGAUAUUUCUGUGUUGUUAAUCUCCCACGCUUUUUUUACAUGAAUGUUUCACACGGCUUACGAGCCAACAUUGCUGGUUGUCCUAUAUGCUUCAAUUACUAUAUUUUUACUGUGUAUAAAAUGUCUAUAUGUACAUAGAAGUCACGGAAAUGCCUUCUCAUGCAAUAUGUGCUGCCUGUCCCUCCUGCCAUGUUUCAGUUAUGUGGUGGUGAUGUUUUCAUGUCUUAUUUUAAAGGAUU